AUGAAUCAAACAGACGUCCUCAUCAUCGGUGCUGGGAUGUCAGGUAUAGGUCUCGGUGUCCAGUUGAUCCGAAAAUUUGGCACCAGAAACUUCGAGAUCAUCGAAAAAGACUCUGCAAUGGCCGGAACGUGGCGAGUCAAUAGUUACCCGGGCUGUGGAUGCGAUGUUCCAUCUCAUUUCUACUCAUACUCCUUCGCCCUCAACCCCAACUGGUCCCAAGCAUAUGCUAUGCAACCUGAGAUCCAAACCUACUUCAAUGACGUUGCCAAGAAAUACGAUAUUAAGAGACACGUUAGGUUCAACUCAGCCGUUGAGUCUGCCCGCUGGGACGAGACUACUGGAACUUGGAAAACAACCAUUCGAGAUGUCAAAACAUCGGAAGUGACGACUGUUCGUUCCAAGAUCGUCAUCUCGGCUGUCGGUGCCCUAUCCAUUCCUAAAGAAUGUGACAUUCCGGGUACUUCGGAAUUUGAAGGGCGAAUAUUUCAUACGGCUAAAUGGGAUCAUUCAUUUGACUGGAGAGACAAAGAUGUAGUCAUUGUUGGAAACGGUUGCAGUGCAACUCAGAUUCUCCCUGUCAUAAGCUCGGGAGAUGGUGCAGUGAAGAAGGCAACACAGUUCGCAAGACAAGCCCAUUGGCUUGCAGAACGUCCCAACCCAACCUACUCGACCACUUUUAAAUGGACCAUGAGAUGGUUCCCCCUUGCGAUGCGAUUGUAUCGUGCAUGGCUAUACUACCUGAAGGAACGAGACUUUGCAGGCUUCAGAGUUGCCGAAGGCCUUCAGGUGAGGAACCAAUGGGCCAGAGAUACUACUGACUAUAUCCGGAGGACGGCACCGGCCAAGUAUCUGGACUUUUUGGUCCCAAAGACUGAGGUUGGCUGCAAGCGAAGGGUCAAUGACACGGAUUACCUUGCUUGUUUACAUCGGGAUAACGUUGAGCUUGUAUAUAACGAUCCGAUCCAGAAAAUUGAAGCGAAAGGCGUGCGGACAUCUUCUGGAAGGUUGGUAACUGCCGAUGCCAUUAUACUUGCGCAUGGCUUUGAGACUCAGAAGCCACUAUUCCCCAUAAGGAUAUUCGGAAAGGACGGGGUCAGCAUUAACGAGCAUUGGAAUCAAGUCAGUGAAGGUGCGGCGUCAUCCUACUUCGGAACAUGCCUUUCGGAAUUCCCCAAUUUCUUCAUCAUGAUGGGCCCAAACACUCUAAGUGGUCAUCUGUCAGUUAUCUACACCACAGAAUGCCAGAUCAACUACACAAUGAGAGUUCUCAGACCGAUUCUCACCGGAAAAGCAGACACUGUUGAGGUCACUCCCGAAGCUGAGAAGAAGGAUAUAGACAAUGUCCAAGAGAAAGCUAAGCGCCUUGUUUGGGCUACAGGGUGCACAUCGUGGUUUAUAGAUGAGAAAACGAAUAGGAACACAAUCAUGUUCCCGGAUUGGCAGUUCAAGUUCUGGUUGCGAAGUGUCUUUGUGGCAUGGAAAGAUUUGGAGUAUCGAAAUAUCAGCACUAACAAGCCCAUUGAGCUGUCACGAGUCAGCUUGUCGCUUCUUGCCGUGGCGGGUUUAGCAGAGUAG